GGCUUAGGUACUUGAGUUCAGCACUACGGUACUAUGUACUUACAAUAGUACCUACCUACCCACAUGUUCCUAGGCACCUACCUACCUAGUGUAGGUACAUACAAGGUAGGAGGUAGUAGGUAGGUAGGAUCGAGUACGGUACAAAUACAGUACUACCAUCAGCCCUCCAGGCAUGACCAGCUCUCGCCCAGGGCGCCACCAACUGCCAGGUGCCCCAAGGGUACAGUGUCAAAAGCCAUCUCCGAGGCAAUGAAAUCAUCAGCGGUGGGAGCCCCCUGAUUCGCCACAAGGCGGGCAACUUCAUCAUUUGCGACCGAGAUCGCCGGCCAGAGGAAUAAAGCCCGCUCUUUAGCUCUGCGCCAGACCAGACUUCUCGAUAAUUCCUCCUUUUAGCAUUUCACCUCAAUCAACUCUCACACAUACCCUUCAUCUAACUACCUCUUGAACUUCACCCUGCUAACCCUGCUUACAACUGGAACACGCCCACUGCACCAAUAUUUCUCCGCAUCAGAGUGAUAUCUACUAGACAACCGCCAUGCUGUCGAGGACGCUUGCCAACACGGCGCGCCGCGUUGUGGCGACAUCAGCUCCUCGCAUCGCCACGCGCUCGACCCUUGGUCCUAUGGCCACCAGUAUUGCACGUCGCUCCUACCACGAGAAAGUCUUGGAUCAUUACAACCGGCCGCGCAACGUCGGCUCAAUGCAAAAGAACGACAUCGAUGUUGGUACCGGAUUGGUCGGUGCGCCUGCCUGCGGCGAUGUCAUGAAACUUCAAAUCCGUGUCGAUCCUAACGACAACCGUAUCUCUGAUGUCAAGUUCAAGACCUUCGGCUGUGGCAGCGCCAUUGCGAGCUCUAGUUAUCUUACCGAACUGGUCCGUGGCAUGACUUUGGAAGAGGCCGGCAAGAUUAAGAACACAGAGAUUGCUAAGGAGCUGUGCUUACCGCCUGUUAAGCUGCACUGCUCUAUGUUGGCCGAGGACGCCAUCAAAUCCGCUAUUUCCAACUACUACACCAAGAACCCUCAAGCACGUCCUACAAAUCUUGCGGGAACCGAGGCCAAACUCGGACCCAGCGAAGUUGUAGCUGCUACUGCGUGAACAGCUUAGCAUGUAUUUUCAUACGAGGUCAUGUCAAUUUGGAAUUCCCUUUGCAAUCGGGGCACCUGGUCACGCGAAAACAGAAAGAUGGUCCAUCACCUGAAGGCGGAUGAGUGGGUAGGCCACAUUCAAUCUUUGAUGUACUGCAUACAAGUCGUCUCGCUUGAAACAAUCACAUAAUGAUUUCGGCGUUGGAGCGUAAGGAGUAUGCGAAAUAAGGGCUUCUGAGAAUGAUGCUUUUCAUUAAAAUCACAAGAACUCAUCGCGGUUGCAGAAUCAAUAGCUACACCAGAUUGUCUCUAUCAUAACGAGAAAUGAUUUCCAAAAC